UGUAUCGAUAGUUUUAAGCCUCGCCAACCGAACCAAUGUUUAUUGUUAUAAAAUAAAUGUUAAAAAUAAACAAUUAAUCACUUGAUACAAAACAUAAACUAGUGCAAACAGCAAGUGCGUUGUAAAAACGACCCCCGCACCCCGAUCUUACCUCAUCGCGGGCACUAAUAAAAGCUAAACAACAACGUCAACAGCAGCAGCAACAACAAUAAGCAGGAGGUUCAGAUUCGCAACGCAAUCAAAAAAAAACGAAAAAAAACUACAAGGCGAAACGCAUAAAUAAAUAGGGAAACAAAUAAUAGUAAUAAUAAGACUAAAGGCAAGUGGAAAAGUACGAAAGCGAAAAGAGAAAACAUAUGUACGUUGCGUGAGAGUGACGUUUGUGUGUGUGUGUGCGUGUGAGAGAAAGAGAGCGAGCGCGAGAGAGGGGUGGAGAGAAGAGGAAAAACAAAAACAACAGCACAGCAUAAGCGAGACCUUGAAAACUUUAAAAGCAGCAGCAAAAACAACAACAACAAAAAGCACAAAAUACAACAAGCUCGAAAUAUAAAAACAAAAUAUUUUAACAAAAAAAAACAAAAUAAAUAGAUUUUUAUAAAAAAUUUCUCGAGGAGCGCAGCGUAUACUCUGUUAUGGAGAGUGACGAUUUUCAUUUACCGCAAAGCGCCAAUUAAAGGGUAAAAUCCAUAAAAGCGAGGAUUGUAAGAGGAAAAGCGGGGCAAAGAAGGUCCGGAAAAGCGCUGGAAAACCUGGAAAAUGGCAGCAGCAGAGGCGGGCAACACGAACUCCACAGGCGCGACAGGAUCAGGAUCUGGCAGCUCCUCGGAUCCUGCCAAUGGCCGGGAGGCACGCAAUCUCGCCGAGAAACAGCGGCGGGACAAGCUAAAUGCCAGCAUCCAGGAGCUGGCCACCAUGGUGCCUCAUGCAGCGGAAUCCUCCCGCCGCCUGGACAAAACCGCCGUCCUCAGAUUCGCCACCCAUGGCCUGAGACUGCAGUAUGUCUUUGGCAAAUCGGCCUCGCGGCGACGUAGAAAACCCAUACUAAAGGGCAGCGGGUCAAGCGCCUCGCCUGCCGGAGAUCUCCCCAAUCCCAGUCUGCAUCUCACGGACACUCUAAUGCAACUGCUGGACAGCUGUUUCCUCACCCUCACCUGCAGUGGCCAAAUCGUUUUGGUCUCGUCCAGCGUGGAGCAGCUAUUGGGCCACUGUCAGUCCGAUUUGUAUGGCCAGAAUCUGCUGCAGAUCACCCAUCCCGACGAUCAGGCUCUGCUGCGCCAACAACUGAUACCCCGGGACAUAGAGACCCUGUUCUACCAGCAGCAGCAGCAGCAGCAGGGGCAUAAUCCUCAGCAGCACUCCACAUCCACUUCGGCCUCAGCUUCGGGCAGUGAUCUGGAGGAGGAGGAAAUGGAGACGGAUGAGCUGCGUCUAGACCAAGAGGAGAAUCAGCAGCAGCAGAAGGAGGAGGAUGAGGAGGACGAGCACAAUCGACCGUAUAACCGACGCACGCCCAGUCCGCGGAGCAUUGCCCAUCUGGCGGCCAUCGAUGAACGGCUGCGCACCGACCGCCGCUGCUUCACUGUCCGUUUGGCCAGGGCAUCCACACGAGCGGAGGCCACACGGCACUACGAGCUGGUCAAGAUCGAUGGCUGCUUUCGCCGCAGCGAUUCCUCGCUGACCGGCGGAGCUGCGGCCAACUAUCCCAUUGUCUCGCAGUUGAUACGCCGCUCGAGGAACAACAAUAUGCUGGCCGCGGCUGCAGCGGUGGCUGCGGAAGCGGCGACAGUGCCGCCCCAGCACGAUGCCAUUGCCCAGGCGGCACUGCACGGCAUCAGUGGCAACGACAUUGUCCUGGUGGCCAUGGCCCGGGUGCUGCGCGAGGAGCGACCGACCGAGGAGACGGAACCGAUCGGCAUGACCUUCUACAGGCAGCCAGAACCCUACCAGUUGGAGUACCAUACAAGGCAUCUAAUCGACGGCAAAAUCAUCGACUGUGAUCAGAGGAUUGGCCUGGUGGCGGGCUACAUGAAGGACGAGGUGCGCAACCUUAGUCCCUUCUGCUUUAUGCACCUGGACGACGUGCGCUGGGUGAUUGUGGCCCUGCGGCAGAUGUACGACUGCAACAGCGACUACGGCGAGAGCUGCUACCGCCUGCUGUCAAGGAACGGACGCUUCAUCUACCUGCACACCAAGGGCUUUCUGGAGAUCGAUCGUGGCAGCAACAAGGUGCACUCCUUUCUGUGCGUCAACACGCUGCUCGACGAGGAGGCCGGCCGGCAAAAGGUUCAGGAGAUGAAGGAGAAGUUCUCGACAAUCAUCAAGGCGGAGAUGCCCACGCAGAGCAGCAGUCCGGACCUGCCCGCCUCGCAGGCACCACAGCAGCUGGAGCGGAUUGUCCUCUAUCUGAUAGAGAAUCUGCAAAAGAGUGUGGAUUCGGGUGAUACGAGUGCAAGUGCAAGUGCGAGUGCGAGUGCAGGGGGACAGUCGUUGGAGAGUCUGAUGGACGAUGGCUACAGCUCGCCGGCGAAUACGUUUACGCUUGAGGAAAUGGCUCCGUCGCCAACGCCUACCUUGGCACUGGUGCCGCCGGCUCCAUCGUCGGUGAAGAGCUCCAUCUCCAAGUCGGUGAGUGUGGUCAAUGUCACGGCGGCCAGGAAGUUUCAGCAGGAGCAACAGAAGCAGCGCGAUCGGGACAGGGAGUUGCUGAAGGAGCGCACUACUCACUCUCAGCAGGGAGUGAUCCGGCAAUUGAGCAGCUGCCUCAGCGAGGCGGAAACUGCAUCCUGCACUCUCUCACCGGCCAGUAGUUUGAGUGCCGGCGAAGCGCCCGAUACGCCCGAUCCGCACAGCAAUACGCCGCCGCCGCCACAGCCACCGCCGCUCCAUACACGUCCCAGUGUCCUGCACAGAACCUUGACCAGCACGCUGCGAUGACGGGCUGAUGGAUUCCGGUUUGCCUUCAAAAAUGGGUGUGGAUUGGACGCCAUUAAGUAGCCCACAUUGCUCAGAUAAUCAUCAUCAGUGAUAUAAUCGAAGCCAAUCGCAAGUGAAGCCUCAAAAUGUAUCGGCAAAGCGCACAUUAAUCAGAUACCUUGAAAUUCAUUCAUUUGACUUGUAGUUUGUGAUCCAAAGUUCAUUUGAUAGGGUUCGAGCUUGUAAAAAUGGAGCGUUUGCUCCUUAAAAUCAGCCAAAAACAUGUGGUUCUUAGAACCCCAUUUAUAAAACCCAUUUUAAGAAUGCAUUAUUUAAAAUUUUAAACAAUUGUUUAUACAAUUGGACAACAUUUAAGUAUUUAAUUACUUGUAAUUAAGCUUGUAAUCAAGCAAGUCUGUAAUUUGAUGUGGAAAUUCCCGCCAAUUCUGGUUUCUUAUACAUUUUAACUUGUUCAAUAUGGAUUCUUUAUUAUAUUCCAAACAAAACACUUAUGUUUAUAUUAUAUUAACAUUUGUUAAAAUGGUUUCUUAAUGGUUAAAUGUGAAGAAAAAGCCAAAUCAAGGGGCAUUCAUUUUGAGAUUAUGGCAAUAAUAAUCAUCUGAUCACGAUGAUCGUUAGAAAGUUGCUUCAACUGAUUAAUGGUAAAGAUACAUUUUGGGCAUUGGCUAUCACUGGUUUUACAAGCGAAAUCGAUUCAAAACAAUUCGAUAAUGUGUUAUGUUGAGCGUCGAUCGGUGUGUGCUGCUAAAUGCGUUCCAUAAUCAGUAAUCUUUGUUAUGUAAUUUCAUUUUAAUUUGUAAAUAUGUAUGCGCGUGUGUGAGCGGCAGUGAGUGUGUGUGCAUGAGUGUGUUUCAAAAUUAGAUCAGUGCUCGGCUUUAAUUUUAGUUGAAUUCUAUACCCCAUAUCCCAGUUAUCAAUCCCCCUUCCCGCGUCCCGCACACCAGUGUAAAAAGAGUACAAAAACAGAAAACAAACAAUUAUAUAUUUAUUUUGCUCUAAGUCUAAAUCACGCUAGAAAACAACUCAUUAAUAGUUAAACGGAUUUUGCAAUCGAUGGAAAUUAAACGCUCUAUUUUUUUUUUUGCCGUCUCAGUCGAAGAGAGUGAGAGGGUCACAUACAGUCGAACUUCUCUAAAUUGAACUUUUUGGACACCUGAAAAUCUGGUUUAUUGUUAUAUUGAGUUCAAAAAUGUGUUCAUAUUUUCGGAAUUUCUAUAUAAAAUGUUUUAAAGUGUCGCUGUAUUGUGUUCAAAAUCAUGUUGCUAUUUUUUAAUUGUAAUUAGCAAAAUAUUUUUAAUACCUUUUUUUUUUUAAGGAAGGCCCUCAUUAGUUUGCAUACAAAAUUCCCCAAUGUAAACAUUGUUUAAAAUGUUCAAGGUUGAAAAUCAAAAUUAAGAAAGUUAAUUAUUAGACCAAAUUGAAAACUAGAAAUAUCCAAAUUGGGAAUGCCAAAAAUCUUUAAAAAAAAUAGUUAUAUACAUAUAUGUAUAUAUAAAGUAUAGUUUUUUUUUAAUAUUUGUUAAAAGUUCUUAAAACUAUAACUAAUUAGUCCAAAUCGUGAAUCUUAAGUGAAGAGAGAGUUCGACUUAGGAAAGUUUGACUGUAGCUCAAUACUCACUUUGCCAGAGAGGGAGCGAGAGAUCAUCUCGUCCCGCUCUGACCUGUUAUCAAAGCCUUUGCCAUCGUCCUUGGAGUUGAGUUCUUAUCACCGGCGUAUCGGAGGGAAUAUAUUAUUUUUUUUUUUUUUGGGAAUGUAGUUCUAGGGGUAAUUUUGAUUUCGGUGGGUGGGAGCGUGUCGGGCGGUGGUGGGCUGAGUGGGGGGCCACGUUUCGUUAUUAUAUAUUUUGUUCAAUAGCGAAAUUCUUCUAGCUAUAAACCUAUGCAUAUGUAUAUUAUUAAAUUUUUGUUUAGCUCAAUUUUUGUUUGUAUUUUUAAUUAUUAUUCGGUUUGUCUAGUGUGUAAUUCAAUUAAAAGUCUAUUGCUAAUUUCCCAGCGAAUGGUUUAGUGUUUGUUCAAACGAGUUGUGCUCUUUAAACACUUUUGGUUUAUCCGUCUUUUAACUUUUAUUUGUUUUUCCUUGCGUUGUUAUUUGCCUAAAAAAAAAAGAAAGCAAAAGAAAAUUUGUGUCGUUUUUUGUUUAGUUAUUUAGCUUUAAGUGUAACGUCAUAUGUCAAGCGGUUAAUCUACGUAAGAAUAAUAAUGUGUAAUGUUUUUUUUAGAGCUUGCUAAAAUCUAGCAAUUAAAAUAUAGCCUGUAAUUAACAAUAAUUAAUUAUAAUAAUCAGUAACAGUUCAUGCAAAUGAAACGUUAAUAAAUAAUAAAUUAUAAAAA